UUCCCUCAAGGCUUCGCGACGACGGGUCGUCCGCGGAAGUCGUCACACAACCCGGCGGGAGUGAGACGAAGUCGCUCCUUCCAGGUGGGUUCCCCGCGCAUGGACGACGAGUACCCGGCGUCCCUCUCCAGGGAGUCCCUGUCUGGGCAGGUGGCCCGCUACGUCAAGGAGCUCGAGCGGGGCAUCCAGAUGACGGUGGAGAACAUGAUGCCCAAGAAGCACUCGCUAGCCCUGGGAGAACACCCAAGAGCGCCUCCUAGUCUCUCUAAAGACUCUAACGCUGCCCGAAGUCUGAGCCUCGGCCGCCACCACAAGGAAAAGAGCUCGACCAGCUCCCCCAGCGACACUAGCGAUGCCAGCGUCGGCAAGACAGAACUUGAUGAUCACUCCUCGUGCCGUCACUCAAACCACUCCUCCCACAAACACUCAGACCACUCCUCCCACAAACACUCAGACCACUCCUCCCACAGACACUCGGACACUGCCUCUGACAUCGUCCUCGACGCAGAGAAGAUAAUACCGGAGAGCGAUGACUACAAACUGGUGUUUAUUAGCUCUGAUUCCUCCAAAGACUCCGAGCUCAACUCUUCAAUAGAUUCUGACAACUCAGGGUCUCCCUCCAGGAACGUGUCGAGUGCGAGCGCCGUCAAUGACUCGGACAACUCAGGCUUCAUCGACGAGAGCGACUGGGAUUAUUUCGAAUCAGAGUCUCAGGCUGGAAAACAUCGCAAGAUGGCGGUGGCUGCGCCCCGCACUCCCGCCCCUGCCCGCGUCGAUGCCUGUGUUAUGACAGACGGGGAGUACCUGAGCGGCGGAGCUUCUGAAGGUGAGGACAGCGAGACGGAGCUCUCACUGGUCCAUGAACCGUCCUUAAGAGUGCCGUUGUCUGCCACCACACCCGGCCAUCUCCGACACAAGGACACCAGCAAGGACACAGAGAAAGAUGUGAGCGUGCAAGAUGACCUCAGCUCGCCCCCACCACCCGUCUCCACUCAGCCUCUUCUCACGCCCCUGGCGGCUAUGGACACCAAGGAACUGCACGCAAUGUUACGCCAGACGGAAGUAGUACAGGCGGAGGCACAGGCACUGCAGGCAGCUCUGAUGGGUGCCUUCACUCCGUCUGAGUCCAGCCUGGGUGGCACCUCCAGCGGGCGGUGGUUCAAGCGUAGUGACUCCGCCCGCAGCUCCGCGGAGAGGUCAAUGGGUGAGUUAUCUUGCCAUGACCAGGUGCGCUCUGCCGGCAGCCCGCAUGACUCCCCGGCACUCAGGGAGUACCGCAAGAGAGUCCUCACAGAGAUCCAGAAUUACUACGGCGUCAAGCAGGGACCACAGGCAGCUGGGCACAGUCGUCAUGACACCUACAGGCAUCUCAGGCAACAUCGCCCGCGCUCGGCAACCCUUGAACCGUUAUCUAGCGUAUCAUAUCAGCGGAGAGAUAAGACAAGCAAGCAGGCCGUAGCUGGUGCACCUGGCAGCAGUGUCAGGCAGGUGCCAGCGGCGGCAGCCAGUGCCCGCAAGUCUAGUCGAGACAUGUGUAUACAGACUGAACCUGGCCCCGGGGUGUGUAGCUCCAGGUGUGACGAGGAACUUACACCUGAACCCCAGGUGUGUCCCCCAGUUCCUCCCAGGCUAACACAGAGUCCCCAGCCCCAGGUGUGUCCCCCAGCUCCUCCCAGGCUAACACAGGGCUCAGUACCCCCACCUCCUCCUCGGCCUGUGCGGUGCCCCGAGCCCCUGGUGUGUCCCACAGAUCCUCCUAGACCGAUGCGGGGUCCCGAGCCCCAGGCGUGUCCCCUAGCUCCUCCUCGGCCGGUGCGGGGUCCCCACCACACGCUGCAGGCCGCCGCCGCCGCCAGUCUGUCUUCCCUGGCGCAGGGAAGACAGUCAAGGACGCAAGGAUACCCGGCGUCUUGCGGCAGUGGUGGAGGUGACUCUGGUGUUGGAGGUGGUGUUGGAGGUGGGGGCCGGGAGCGAGCGGGAGGAGGGAACACCUCCCACCUGCCUCUCCUCCCCUCCUUCCACUUGCACCUCACGCUGAGCCGAGAGACGUCAGUCGCACUCCCGUCAAACUCUGAGACGGAGGACAGUCUUGGAGACUACAAUUCGUGCGUCGAUAGUGAUUUACGGGGGUCGUCCUCGAGUGAUUUCCAGUACUUAGGCGACCGAAGUGAGCGAGUGAAAAGUGUAGUGAGUGAAGGGAAGUCGUUAAAGCUCAGUGGAGUUGGUAGUGAAACUCAGGUAGGUGUAGAGGGCAGCACAGAGCAUGGCGGCUGUGGUGGGGUGGUGGAGGGGGUAUCAUGCUCCCCCAGUAUAGCAGUGAGCAACACCUCACACACACCCGCCAGCUGCACCGCACGCCCGCCGCCGCCGCCGCCGCCGCCGCCGCCCAUCACCACCACCACCAUGAGCGUCGCACGCCCACGCCGCAGUGCCGGGCGGUGGGCGCAACACCAUCAAGACUCUGAGGGUGAUCUCGAUGCCUUGGAGAGAGUUAUCCAGGUAGAGGAACUCUCCCAAGACUCCUCUACUCCCACCCCCCAGCCUCUCCUCCACCAGCCUGGCGAGGACCUCCACCCGCACUCCAGCACUACCAGCGAGGCCGAGGACACGGACGAGGACGUGCACGUGUCUCGCACUUACACCAUUGCUGUUGACGGAGUAGACAGCGAGACCGAGAACGACGCUGUCUGCAACGUCCUGGACACUGAAGACCAGGACGAUGAUCACACUUCCUCCUCGUCUUCCAACGACAGCGACACCGACGAGGACAAACACGUCAGUAAGACGUACAGCCUCGCCAGAUCGUCCUCCACUGACUCUGACUUCGAAGAGAAGUCCGACGCUGACGUCCCCGAGGACACUGCCGUCCUGUCUGCUGCUGUGUGUCUCGGCGAGGUCGAGGGCGAGGAGUGGGUGGUAGAGGCAGUGAACGCUGCCCUCACCCUAGGCGCAGUGCAGGAAGAGACAGUGGAAACUGUAAAUAAAGAACUGUGUCGUCUCCUCCUGGACGAUGCUGCCACUCAACACAACGACAACCAGUCUCCAUUCUGUAGAGACAAUCAGCAGCUGGACAGUAGGAGUGGACAGUUGGUGGACCAUGUGGACAGUGCCAGUGGUCAGGAAACGAGGGAAGAAGACUGUGUCACUAACGUUAGGUACGUCAAUGAAGAGCUUGUGGGCGACGUGGGUGUGAGCGCGGAGCUCACCACAGUGUAUGAGGACGGUAGUAGUGAAGCCCUAGAUAAACCCUCACUGUGUGAGGAUGGUGAAACCCUCACACUUUCACCGUGUGAGGGCGGUGAAGCCCUCACACUUUCACCGUGUGAGGGCGGUGAAGCCCUCACACUUUCACCGUGUGAAGGUGGAGGUAAUGAAACCCUCGAUAAACCACCGUGUGAGGGCGAUGAGAGUGCAACCCUCACAUUACCACAGUGCAAGGAAAGUGAAACCCUCACACUCCCACAGUGUGAGGAAAGUGAAGCCCUCACAUUACCACAGUGUGAGGAAAAUGAAGCCAUCACACUGCCACAGUGUGAGGAAAGUGAAACCCUGACACUGCCAUGGUGCAAGGAAAGUGAAACCCUGACACUGCCACAGUGCAAGGAAAGUGAAUCCCUCACACUGCCACAGUAUGAGGACGGUGCAAGUGCAUUUACGGUGAAAGAAAGUGUUGUAGUUUGUGCUAGAGAGAAUGAGGAGAAAGUUAGUGAGGAAAGUACUAGUGAGAAAGAUAAUGUCAUACAAGUUUCUCACACAGAGAAAACUAAUGAAAUCAGCAGUGUGGUGAGAGAGGAGAGUGUUGCCAGUGACGAGUGUGUUAGUGAGAGUGGGCAAUGUGAGAGUGACACUGAGGGGGUGUGUGGAGUGGGCAGGCUACUGCCCACUCACGCCCCAGUUGACUCUGAAAUUAUUCUCGCCUCUGAGGCCACAGCAGAAGUCACAGCUACUUCUGAGAUGGCAGAAGAGGUCACAGCUUCGUCUGAGGUGACAGAAGAGGUCACAGCUUCGUCUGAGGUGACAGAAGAGGUCACAGCUACGUCUGAGGUGGCAGAAGAGGUCACAGCUACGUCUGAGGUGGCAGAAGAGGUCACAGCUUCGUCUGAGGUGCCAGAAGAGGUCACAGCUACGUCUGAGGUGCCAGAGGAGGUCACAGCUACGUCUGAGAUGACAGAAGAGGUCACAGCUAUUUCUGAGGUGGCAGAAGAGGUCACAGUUGUGUCUGAAGUGGCAGAAGUCACAACUACUUCUGAGGUGGUAGAAGAGGUCACAACUACUCAGGUGGAAGAAGUCACGGCUACGUCUGAGGUGGCAGAAAAGGUCACAACUACGUCUGAGGUGGCAGAUGAGGUCACAACUACGUCUGAGGUGACUGAUGCUGGAGCAGUCACCUCGGAGUCAACGGAGGAAGCAGAAAUAACUUCUCUUUCCCAGGUCACUUCUGCCUUAGGAGAGGCCACUGCAGCACAAGACACCUCAGCCUCACCAGAGGCAGACAUCACUGAGGAACUGUCUAAGGUAGCAGCUACAGUUCACUUUGAGGAAGAGAAACCCACCUGCCCCACUGAGGACCUUGUGGCACCCCAGGAUGAUGUGGCCCUGGAAACGUCCUUGGAUGACGUGGAGGCUACCUCAGGGAAGGCUAUACAGCCGCAGGAGUCUGCCUCAGACGACGAAGUCAACAUCACGUGUAUACCUGACGAAGAUACUGUUGUUCAGGUAGGUGAGGGCGCCCCGCUGCCUGUCCAGGCCAGCCUGCCCGGGCACGCAGUUAAGAGUGAAGAACCAUUGUCAGAAGAAAGUGAAGGGGCCGAGCAUGGUGCUGAAAGUAAGGCGGUAGCAGCUGGUGAGAGCGACGCACACGCUGAUACUUGUGUCGACGCCGGAAGUGAACAAGUGGAACACAGCACCGCUGUUACUCCCAGUGGCGGCCUCACAUCAGUAAUACACGACGCGCCUGCGGGCCACCACGUGUCAGCAUUGGCUCCCCACACUGGCACCGAAGUCAGCAGUGCACCCGCGGACACGGUACUGUCAGGAGAGAACCACCUCUCUCCCAACUUGGAUAUAUUACAGUGUGAUACUACGAAAGUGAAGGAUGUUAGUGAGUCGAGUGAAUCUGGUCACUCUAGUGCUGGUGAAAGUGAGGUGGAGGGGGACGACCCCAGUAAUAUAGUUAAGAUCAAUGUGAGGGAGGAAGAUAACAGUCGUCUCGAGGACGACGGUGUCAGCAUUCCCGUCAGCAGUGAGAACCUGCCACAGCAAGUGAGAAGGUUUGCAGUUCGGCGUGUUCGUUCCCCGGAGGUAGUGGCUCGCCACACCCCUCCAGUGCCAUCCAGGCACACUAAGCGCUCCUCCUCCUCUGAUGGCGUCUCCUCUUCCUCCGAUAUUGAACGUUCUGACGCCGAUGCCAGCGACUCUGCAGAUACUGUGAUAGAAGGAGGCAAGCUGCACGCUGAGCUGCGCUGGUUCGCACUCCAGCAACGUCGCCACGACCACGACGACAAGAGUCGUGACUCGGACGGCCCCUCCUCGGCGGAUUCGGUCCUUCAUGGUGCCGAUAGCGAGUCACAAUGCUCCGACAACAGUGAGGAAGGAAACCUGGUGUCCAUCGUGUCUGUCGGUGAUGACGACGACCACAGCACACGCCUGUCAUCACAAGGCAGGAUAUACAUCAGGUCUGACUCCACAGACUCGGAUGUACAGAUCAAGCCAACGUGCAUUGUUGUGACGGGGUCGUCAGGAGCAGAAUCUGGGGAGGACGCAGAUGGUGAUACAGACGGGAUCAAUGUCGAGCGUAACAUCAGGAAUGAAGGUAACGACGUGACAAUACUAGAAGUGACAAGUGACGGGCGACGUGGUCACGUCAUGUCGGUACACGUCACGAGUCCAGACUCUUCGCGCAGCGCCUCACCUGCCAGGAGAAGUCAGGUGAGUGAGCUGCAGUCUAUGAUUCUGACAACUCGCGAGCGUCAGCAACAGUUCCGACGAUCUCCGACUGAGAUGAAGGAGUCAACGUCGAGUUUGGCCAACUACUUCACUCUCACAUUAGGCACCGACUCACCUCACGCUCCUCGAAGACUCAACAAAACCCCAGAAAUUCGACGUCGUAAGAUUGACCGCCCUGAGAGUGUUGAAUCUCCGGUCCCCACCGGUGUUGCCAGCCCAUCGCAGACUCCCGACCACUCCGAGGGUGACCUAUUGGCCUAUGAGGAGCAUCGCGGCAUCGAUAUCGAGGACGGAUACAAUAAUUCACAAGAGUUUGACUCAUGGGGCGAUGGGGAGAGAACUGUCAUCUUCCCUGAUGAGUUUGAGGAAGACGUCUCCUUUGAUGAGGUGAAUCAGGAAUUCACAGAAGGGGACGAGUUUGAUGGUGAUGACAUGUUCGUUCAGCAGGAAGUUGAAGAACGAUUUGAUUCCAUCGAGGAUGGGGAAUCUAUUAACAGUGAGUCGAACUAUAGCGAAUCUUCUGGUGAUGAAAACUGUGACCGAGAAGUCGAACUUCGGGGAUACUGUAAUCGAGCUAUUGACUUCACUCUCCAUACCAUCAUUGAGGAGAGCUGUGAGGAGAGUGACUACGAGAGGAAGUCGAAGGAAGAAGAAGAGGCCAAGGCAGAUCCCUCAGAGCUGGAGAAGUAUUUUUACUUUGGCCUGGGAAAUGGCCCUGCAGAUCCUAAGAGGUAUGCUAAUGAAGAGAGUGAGUACAGUGACACUUUCUCUGAGACCUCAAGUUCAAUCUUCAGUGAAGGAUUAGAUAUUGACUCUAAAUAUGAAGAAGACAUCGAUCCUGCCGAGUUGGCAUCUUCCAGACUGGAGAAAUACUUUCUGACAGGAUUCCUGGGUUUUGAGCGCCAGCCCUCAAUCAGGUCCGUGGGGGAGGACUCUGAACUCCACACUGACGAGAGUGGCUCAGUCGGCAGUGACUCAGAAGGGUCGCCCAGUCCAGAACAACCUAGGAAGAAACUAGUGAGGCGGCCUCGGGGUUUUCGUCCAGGCGUCGUGAAUAGGUCUUUAGUAACGGGUGAUCGUUGGGAUGGUACCCCAAGUGAUGGGUCGCAUCACUCAGAGGGUGACGAGGUGGACAGGACUCUUGUGAGUGGAGAAGACGAGGGAUCCACUGAGUCAGAAGAGACAGCAUUUGACAAGGGCGAUGGACAGUUCGAUACCAUAAAACGGAGGAAAAAGAAAAAGGGCUCAGGAGAUUAUUCUGAUAAAAAAUCUGAUAGUGACAAAAGUGAACUUAGAGCUUUAGAGCAGCACGAAAUUGAACACCGAGAAGAAAUUUUCGAGUUAAAAAACUCAGAAGCGCUGAAAUCACUGGUGCACGAAGGAGAAAAAGUUACAAAACGUGUGACAAUUGAUUGUGAUAAAGAAAUCAGGGAGAAGAGUGACGAUAAAAUGGAAAAGGAGGGUGACCUCUCUGACAGGAAAUAUCAAAGCCGAGAUAGUGGUUUCAUUGGAAGCUCUGACGAUCUGCUGAAGGACAAACCUGAGGACACUUCCAAGGAGCACAAAAAUCGUUUGUCCUCUGAAUCUAGCGUGGAGGAUGGCGAGAGUUCAUGCAAGAGGAACGACCCAUCACAAGAUGUAUCACACAAGAGCAAAGAGAGCAAGAGUGACAGUUUUGACAACGACAGCAACAACAACAAAUCUGAGACUGAAGAACGAAGCAGUGGGGAUGGCAAGGUGUCGAGGUCGAGCACUGGCUCCUCUGUUGACCUUCCACCCUUCUCUCCAGAUAAGGCCAGGAACAAGAUAUGUCGCAAAGAUUCUUUCAACAAUUGGAGCUCGGACGAGGAAACCAAUAUGAUGAUGAACAAGAUGCGAGCCUUCUUCAAGACCAUGAUCUCAAAUUCUCGCGAGGCUCCCAAGGGGCAGCGAGUUAAGCCUCCUCAGCUGCUGGCAUUUGAGGCUAAACUGACUAACCUGAUGAAGACUGUACCUGGCAUCAAUGACGAACAGGUGAAGGAAAUUGUAGAGUACCUCAGCUCUGAGGACACUUGGAGUGACUCAUACGACUCCUCCGACUACACCAGCAGCGACCUGGAAGGCGCCUAUGCUCUCCUAGAUCAAGCCGAUCCAGAGAUGAGGAGUGACUUACAAGAACAGAUAUCUGCUUCUUGUCAACAAAUAAUUCAAAAAUUCGAUCAAAGUCGUGAACCUAGUGACACUGACAGCGCUCACUCGCUCUUCGGUGGACGAGCGUGUUCUGAGAGCUCCGAAGAUGCAUCCCCGUCUAGCAAGGACACAGUUUUUGUGUACCAGCGACUUAUGUCUUCCAUAUCCCGUCUGAAGCCAGACAGCGACAGGGGCAGCAUUGGAUCUGGGUCCCAGGGAGCCUCUCCACCUCUGCUAGCCAAGGUGAUGCAUCACAUCGGUAACCGCCUGGUGGCCCUCAUGCACGAGGUGUCCGGCGGUAGCGAGAACGGCGAUGACGACUCCCUCAGUGGCGGCCACCCUGUUACUUCCAGCCCCAAAGUGCCACUCUUCAUUCACAGAAAGCAUAAAUCUGCUGACUCUAUAUCCAUCGAUUCCUCAGUUGACAAAAGCUCCUUAACCAGUACAAGUUUUGAGUCAGAGGAUAGUCCCACCGACACUGAGCAGUCCCCUGAAUCUGACCCAGGCACUCCGAAGGCCAAAAAGCGGCACGGGCCGCUCUCUAUCAUCAGUGAGAGAUCCUCGGCUGAAGAUUUCACGUCACUGGAGAGUCAGCGUACUGUGUUUGCCUCACAUGACUCCCCACGGCACCAGAUCCGCCUUGAUGCUGCACGUCCUCACCAGAAUACUGUGUGUGAGCGCAGCCUCGAGGAACGCGGAGUUACCAACAUCCAGUACUUCGUUACAGAAGGCACCAACAAUGAGGUGGAGGUCUGGCAAAGUGUAACAAUUGACGAAGACAAAUUCGACGCUCGUGAGCUUCACGGAGUGCCGCGGGCGCGCCGUAGUGCUAGACGACAGGAGGCCCGGAAAGCCAAGAGUCACAUGAGUCUGGAGAAGAUACACCAAGAAGAGGUUAAAACAACAACAGGCGAGAGGUCUGAGUCCCUUGGUGAUCUACUGGACCGCGUGCGUUCUUCAGAAUUUUCCAGCAGCUAUGAGCAGUUGGAUUCAGACUCCACAUUAAAGGCAUCAGACUCAUUGGACCGACAUAUUGGGAGUAGUUCCUCAAACAUCCGUCUGAAUGCUUCCAGCCGCGGGUCUCUCACGACCAGCAGCCGGGGCAGCCUUGCGGCGUCUAGUCGAGGCUCCUUAAACGCCGGUUCCCGAGGCUCCCUCCAGGGCUCUUCCGGUCCUGAGGAGGAGGAGGAAAAGAAACCUAAAAAGUUGAACUUCUUCCGGUAUGCGAGACGGUCGUCUAUGCCGGACACCAGCAAGGACCGCAUGUCACCUGAAGUUCGCUCCACAACUCUACCUCGAUCCAACCCUACUCAGGUGGCCUCUACGGCCUCCUUACCAAGAUCUCAGUUCGCCCUCCUCAACAAGACCACUCCGUCCGUCACCUCCUCCACACACGUGCCUUUCUCCCCUGGCUCCACUUUGGACAGAGUGGCAGGGUCGUCUGUGACAGGGCCUCGUUCUGCCCGCUACCACGCCCCUGGCUACCGCCCACCUCCCAUAACCACUCCUAAACGCACUGUCUCCAUCCCCGGCCUCGCUUCCCUUCGAAAGGAAGCAGCGAGCACCUGGUCACCUCAAGAUGAGUCUGGCGUGGGCAUGGACGAUGGCGUGGGUCGCAAGAGUGGGUCGCCCUCGCCCCUGGCGGGAUCCAUGGGCAGGACCUCCGGUAGGGACUCCAUCGCCUCCCACCACACCUCCUCCUCCACCGACAACUCCUGCCUCACCCAUCCUGACGACGAUAUAGAGCGUCUCCUGCAGCUCAGUGAGAAGAAGACCAACUGCCUCACCCCGCUUGGACUGGCCUCCCACCACGGACCGUCACACUUGAAGCUUCUCUCCCGACCACGCCUCUUACCACGCCCGCAUUCCUUUUAUCCGUCCACGCCCCCAGCCUGUCCACACCUUCACCCGCCCACAUCCUCUGCCCCACCCACACCCUCAUCUCGCCCACAUCUCCCGCCCACACCCUCUGCCCCACCCACACCCUCACCUCACCCACACCUUCUCCCGCCCACGCCCUCUGCCACGCCCACACCCUCAUCUCACCCACACCUUCACCCGCCCACAUCCUCUGCCCCACCCACACCCUCAUCUCACCCACACCUUCUCCCGCCCACAUCCUCUGCCCCACCCACACCCUCAUCUCGCCCACACCUUCUCUCGCCCACGCAGUCUGCCACACCCACACCCUCAUCUCGCCCACACCUCCCGCCCACGCAGUCUGCCACACCCACACCCUCAUCUCACCCACACCUCCCGCCCACAUCCUCUGCCCCACCCACACCCUCAUCUCGUCCACACCUCCCGCCCAUAUCCUCUGCCCCACCCACACCCUCAUCUCGUCCACACCUCCCGCCCACAUCCUCUGCCCCACCCACACCCUCAUCUCGUCCACACCUCCCGCCCACAUCCUCUGCCCCACCCACACCCUCAUCUCGUCCACACCUCCCGCCCACAUCCUCUGCCCCACCCACACCCUCAUCUCGUCCACACCUCCCGCCCACAUCCUCUGCCCCACUCACACCCUCAUCUCGUCCACACCUCCCGCCCACAUCCUCUGCCCCACCCACCCCCUCAUCUCGUCCACACCUCCCGCCCACAUCCUCUGCCCCACCAACACCCUCAUCUCGUCCACACCUCCCGCCCACAUCCUCUACCCCACCCACACCCUCAUCUAGUCCACACCUCCCGCCCACGUCCUCUGCCCCACCCACAACCUCAUCUCGUCCACACCUCCCGCCCACAUCCUCUGCCCCACCCACAACCUCAUCUCGUCCACACCUCCCGCCCACAUCCUCUGCCCCACCCUCAACCUCAUCUCGUCCACACCUCCCGCCCACAUCCUCUGCCCCACGCACACCCUCAUCCCGCCCACACCUCCCGCCCACAUCCUCUGCCCCACCCACACCCUCAUCCCGCCCACAACUUCCUCAACUCACGGGCUGAUAGUUUUCUUAGCAUAAUAAUUUACUUAUGGACAUAACUGGCUAAGGUAACUCUCAUGUCGAUGUUUUGAAUAUAACUCUCUUGUUGAUGUUUCGACCGCUUGAUUAGUUUACUGAUUAUUUUGUUCACCUCACCUACUGACACUUCUUCUUGCUGUUGCUGUUACCGUUGUUGCUGUUGAUACACUGUUCACCGGCGCCGUUGCCGACCCUGGGUCUGACAUGUCGCGCUGCUGCUGACGACAGUAGUGACGGCAGGUU